AUGGCGUCUAAUUCAGAGGAUUCGUUUCAAGAGGCGAUUAAGUUCUCUUUGGAAAAACUUGGCAAACCAGACCUGGAACUAAAGAGGGAACAAUUUGAAGCCAUAAGGGCUGUCUGUGUUGAAAGAAAGGACGUUUUAGCCGUAUUGCCGACGGGUUUUGGUAAAUCUUUAAUUUAUCAAAUUUUGCCUGCAAUAUUUGAUUUCCUUCGAAGCAGAGGGGACAAGCAAGAAGAAAACUCUGUCGUUAUAGUUGUUUCUCCUCUUAAUGCCUUAAUGAAGGACCGACUUAAAAAAUUAGAAGGAUUUUUAAAUGUCUGUGUCGUGCAAAGUGUGGAAGACGAGGAAGGAGAGAAUAAAGUAAAUUUGCCUCAAGGUGUGAGGAAAUGCAGUUUGUUGUUCGGUCAUCCUGAGGUUUUUGUUGACCACAAGAACACAUCGAAAAUGCUUAAAGAAAAGCAUUUCCAAGAAAGUGUUCAGGCGAUAGUAAUCGAUGAGGCGCACCUAGUUCAACAAUGAUUAGUGUACUUUAGCUUAAUCACACAUUUAAGCUUAUAUAUGAACGUUAUUAACAAAUAAUAUAAAUAAUAAAAUAAAAUAGUUAUCUAAUAAAGACUAAAAGUCGGACACUAUUUUGCACACUAUUUUAAAUGAAGCCAAUUAAAAUUAAUAACAAGAUACAGAUUUUUUUUAUAGAAUAGUAAACAUGCGUACUAUAUUAAAAUCUUAUUUAUCUGUAAAUAAAUCUUCUAUUUUAAUAUGUACAUAUAAGAUAUAAGCCUUAAGCUUCUUAAAAGUUUUAGUCACGAUGUAGCUUGGAUUUUAAUACUGUAUUUUGAAGUGAAAGUUGAUCUUAUUUAAAAAAGUAAUAUAGUUGUUCCUUCUUGUCCUGUGACAUUCAUACGGGAACUGAACUGGCUUAUAAUGUUGAUAUAGUUUUGAAAAUACAUGUUUCCACUGGUCCCUUCUGUAGUAGAUAACAACAACAUUUUGUUCCACCUAUAACAAGAAAAUAAAGCUAGUUUUUUAAUGUUGCAAGGUAUAAGCUUAUUAAUAUUAUCUCAGUGACUCUGGCUUCCUAGCUUAACUUAAUUUAAUUACAGUGCUCUUAUUAUUAUUAUAUACAGUAGUGCCGUAAUUAAAUUAUGCCAGGAAGCCAGAGUCACUGAGAUAAUUAUAAACAAAAAAUUGUGUCCCAAACAUAAUUACAUUUUUGCGUCGGGAUACCUGUUGUUAUCAAGCACUGGCUGCGUGAACUGGGUACUAGGUAACACGUGAUCGAGCAUUGCUUUAUAGUACGUUGCGCAAAUACGAGGGCCCCUUUCUACCUCUACACCAUCGUGUGGCAAGUUAUCUGUUCAAAUUUUUCAGGCAAGUUCUUUUGUGUUUUUCUUUUUUGUCGGUAUGGAACAGCCGAGGGUUCUGAUUUUGAGUCACUCCUUUAUACGUAGGCUUCGGGAUUUUAUUAUUAGGAAUAGUCCCACAUAUAACCUUAAUUUAAACAUUAAUACCCCGGUUACAAUUCAUUGGCAUGGCGUUGGGGGUCGAACAACCGAUAAGGUUAGGCGGUUUGAUUUAAUCGAAGUAGAACGUUUUAAACCUGAUGUUGUACUUUUACAAAUCGGUACUAACGACCUCACACGCCGUCGGUCCUCUCCAGCAUCUGUUGGCUCUGCCAUCGAGGAUUUGGUCUGUUUACUUCAUAAUGAGUACGGGGUUCGUUUAGUUUGUGUUGGUCAAACCGUUAAAAGGCACCCGGUUGGGGCGUUCAAUGCAAACGUACAAAUCCUGGCGCAGUACCUUCAAGGGGUCUUAGAACCGCUCCCCUUUGCCAUAUAUUGGACGCAUCGGGGAUUUUGGCGGGCUUCCCGUUCAUACUUGUCAUACGAUGGUGUCCACUUAAAUACAGAAGGGCAGCAUAAACUGUACAGGAGUGUAAGGGGGGCAGUACUGCAUUGUUUAAAACGCAUAAAAACAUAAGGAAUUUCUCGCCCAACCAGUUUUAAUUUUGGCAAGUUCAUAGCCUUGGCCAAGGAGUUGCGUUCAGUGGGCUUUUGGUGUCUUUUUAUGUCCUGUCCAUGUGCUUUUGUUGCAAUUUAAUAGUUGCUUUGGGAUUCUGUGCAUUCCUGUGUGAUGCCCAUCCCUGAUUUAUGUCAAUCAUUGUCUUUGGAAUUUGUUGCGUUAUGUGCCUGAGUGACAACCAAAUCCGGCCGUCGUUGACGUGCCCAAUUCACUCCAGCUAUUAACGCUUUUACAUGUGUCUUUAUAGAUACCUAUGUGAUCGGCCCGUGACUGACGCUCUCCCAUCACAUAUGAUGACAUGCGAUUGUUGUAGCUGGUUAAUGGGCAUCCUGCAUUUUUGAAUUAGCGUACAAUGCAUUCUGCCCCCCUUGAUUCUCCUUGUUGUCUAAUCCCGACUUUGCCUAUAACAUGUCCGAAUUAACUCUAGCUAAGUUUUAUAGGCCUUAUUAAUCAGCAUGCCGCCACGAAGGAAAUCGCGACGAACAGCAGGACCGUCAGACGAUACCGUCAGCGUCCAAUUUGUUCCUGACCCGGUCGAAAUCCCCCCCUCCCAAGCGGCUGUUGAGGCGUCUGCAUCUGGUGUGGGAUCGGAGGGCCUUUCUGAUGCAAUGGUUUCGUCUAUUGUCGCUGCGGUGAAAACGGCGAUACAGUCGACCAACGCGGCCCAGAAUUCUUCCCGUUCCAUCAAUCUGGUCACCGACGCAGUGCAACGCGAUGUGCAGUCCCUUACCAAUACUCCAGUUGGGGCCGUUGAGUCGUCAGGUAGCAAGAUAUUACCCAGUGCGCCUUUAUUUUCUAGUAUAGGUGUACCCUUAGGUAGCCGCUUGAGUGCACGCCUAAAGAAUAAGAUCUGGGCGGAGGAAUUCGUCAACUUUGGCUCUCUUCUAGAUAUGUCCCCUAAUCCGGAUAAGUUCGCAUUAUCUAUCACCGCUCCCACCGCCGGAAUUGGGUCUAAAACCCCUAAUUUUACAUUCGAACCGGUACACAAUGCGAAGAAAUUGACGUCUAUUCACGAGUGGGUGUCGGCCUUCCACUCUUUUGUUGCAGUCUACUGCGAAAAAUUCCCCAGAGAGACGCCAAAUUUGAUGCAAUUUUGCGAAACAGUGCGCGACAUCGCCACACGUGGGGGGGACUGGAACUAUUACGAUGAACAGUUCCGGUAUCUUCGUCAAGGCAACCCACAAACGUACCCUUGGGGCGUGGUACAUUGGGAGUUAUGGCAUCGCGCGGUGACUUUUCGUGCCAAAUCUGGAUAUUUUGCAACCGACAAACACAACUCGAGGUUCAGGGGAAAACAAUCAAUGGUCAGAGGGGUGUGUUUCACGUUCAACGCCGGUCGUCCCUGUGCGGGCUGCAGAUAUGACCAUAAAUGCUCCAAAUGUGGUGGUAGACAUGCAGCUACGUCCUGUCAAUCUGCCUCGAACAUUCCCAAACCAGCCGGAGAUAGAACUAUCGCAACUCCAUCGCAUAAUAAACAGCCCGCCAGUAACGCCGGUAAAAGUAUCCACCCUUAGCCCCCUUUUACAACAAUACGACCCUCGUCUUAAGCAAUUUUUGAUUGAUGGCUUUUCGUUUGGAUUUCGCGUUGGGUUUGUUGGUACUAGCCAAUUACGUCUUGCUUCAAAUUUGCGCAGUGCGAAGGACCAACCUGAAAUUUUAGCUGCUAAACUUGAGAAAGAAUGGUGCGCUGGGAGAAUUGUAGGUCCAUUUUCUCGUCCACCUUUUGAUAAUUUUAUUUCUUCACCUUUAGGCGUAGUUCCAAAGAAAACCCCAGGGGAAUUCCGUAUUAUCCACCAUUUGUCAUACCCAGAUGGCUCGUCGGUGAAUGAUUUUAUUCCGGACCAAUUUUCGUCGGUUCAAUAUGCUUCAAUAGGUGAUGCUAUUACACUCAUUAAGUCGUUAGGUAGGGGCUGCUACAUGGCCAAGACCGAUAUAAAAUCAGCUUUCCGCAUUAUUCCGAUUCACCCUGACGAUUACCAUUUACUGGGUAUGACAUGGAAUAAUUCGUACUUUUUGACCGGUGUCUGCCCAUGGGCUGUUCUUCGUCUUGCGCUAUAUUUGAAGCUUUUAGCACUGCGCUCGAGUGGCUUGCUAAACAUUAUCUCUGUGUUUCCGGUGUUUUGCAUAUUUUGGAUGAUUUCUUGUUUAUUGCUACCUCUCAAGGCAAAUGUGCCUCCGAUUUAAACAACUUUUUGAGCCUAUGUGAUAGUUUAGGGGUACCUAUAGCACAUGAACAAACGGAAGGUCCUUCAACCACUUUACAGUUUGCUGGGAUAACACUCGACACGAUUAAUAUGGAAGCACGUCUGCCGGACGAUAAGCUUCAAAAAUGCAAUGCUCAGUUAUUGGACAUGCACAGACGCCGUAAAACUACCCUGAAAGAACUUCAAUCUUUGAUUGGAUUAUUAAAUUUUACUUGUUCAGUUGUUCUACCUGGUCGGGCCUUUCUUCGGCGGCUUGUUGAUCUCACAAAGGGUGUCCGUCUCCCUCGCCAUCGUAUACGGAUCACUGAAGCCUGUCGUCGAGAUUUAUUAGUAUGGCUUCAAUUUUUAAGAGAUUUUAACGGCCGUACAUUUUUUUCUGGACGAUCCGUGGCAGGUUUCACCGCCUCUCAACCUUUACACCGACGCCGCCGGCUCAAAGGGCUAUGGCGCACUUUUUGGGAAACAUUGGUUUUACGGAGAAUGGCCUGCCAAUUGGAAAUCAUUGAACAUUGCAUUUUUGGAGCUCUUUCCGAUUACUAUCUCGCUCCACGUGUGGGCAUGUCAAAUGAGCAAUCAAUGUGUCUCUCUGUUUACUGAUAAUGCGGCUUUGGUUGACAUUAUCAAUAAACAGACUUCAAAACACCCCAUGAUCAUGAUCUUAGUCCGUGACCUUGUCCUAACAUCACUACGUCAUAAUAUUUUGUUUCGGGCUUAUCAUAUACCCGGUGUUGACAAUACCCGGGCGGACUCAAUUCUCGUUUACAGAUUGUAGAUUUCAGGAAAGCAUUCCCAGAUGCCGACCCAGAGCCAACUCUUGUUCCCGAGACCCUUCUCCCGCAGAAGUGGUCGAUACGUUAAAGGAAUUACUACAUUCCUCAUUGUCGGAGCAGUCUCGCAAACAAUACUCACGUGCUUGGGUUGUCUUUACUGAAUUCUAUACCCGCUAUCAGGGUGCCGAUUUACAUUUGCCUGUUUCGACAGCGUGUAUCGCAUUAUUCAUUUCCUUUUUAUGUGCCAAGGGCCUUGCUCCUGCUACCAUAAACUCGUACCUAUCAGCAAUAGCAUAUGUACAUAAGAUCAAAGGCCACUACGACCCGACCAAAUCAUUUUUAGUUGAAAAGCUUCUUGUGGCCGUUGGCCGCCGUGGUCAAGCCGAUGUUCGUAUGCCCAUUUCACGUCCAUUAUUGUACGAAUUAGUUAGAGCUUUACAGCAUACUAGCCCAUCUGCCUAUCGUAGAUCUCUGUUCGGGGCAAUGUUCAUGACAGCAUUUUAUGGUUUCUUCAGAAUAGGUGAAUUAUCUUGCAAUAGUAAACAGCAAGUUGACACCGUUGUGCAAUUUGAUCAAGUCACUUUUUGAAACAAUCUUCUCGAGUGACGGCUGUCAAGAUUGUGAUCACUAAGUUUAAACACAACACGAAUAAUCGGCCGUUUGUCAUAACAAUAGAAAGCGAACCUUCAGAACCGUUUUGCCCCGUGCAGACCUUAAUCGACUACAUUAAACUUAGGGGUUACCAUAAAGGCCCCUUGUUCACGUGUGCAGCCGGCGGGGCAAUCUCGACAAAUAAUUUUAACACUGAGCUCCGUCGUGCUUUGAACUUUUGCGGCCUUGAUUGUUCUCGCUACAAGAGCCAUAGCUUUCGCAUUGGUGCAGCGUGCCAUGCGUCUGAGAAAGGUUUUUCGGAUUCGCAAAAUACGUGCCCUAGGUAGAUGGAGUUCGGACGCUUUUAGAACUUACAUUCGUCCGCCUUCACUCAAGGCUAACUAAUUGUUUUUAAACGUUUCAAAGACACUAGUCAAGCCGCGGUUGGAUCUCCGUUGUAUAGGUCAGUCAGGAGCUGCUAUGCAGUGGUGAUUUUCACUACGGCUAUUUAAACAUCCGUUAUGGGACCAGUAUUUUUGUCUUCAUCUCUGGUUAGCUUUCACGGGCCACGGUGGAUUCUCUGAUGCGUGGGUCAGUCAGGGGCUGCCAUACUGAAAGGGUUUUUCACUGUGGACUCUUUCCGCUAUCACUUACUAUGUACUUUACCAAUCUGUUCUCAUGUACUACUUUAUCAAUACGUUAUCUGUCCUACGAAGGAGCUACGGUCCUGGCACGAAUUGCUAUGUUAUUUAACCUCUGUUUUCAAUGUGAGUUCGCGUGCGGUUCAUGACUAGGUCAGCCAGGGGCUGCUGGAAAUGACCGUACUUUACAAGAUUUUCUUAUAUCCUCGCUGUUUUCAGUUAAAAUAUUCCUCGGGGUUCUUAGUUCCGGAUCUUGGUGGGGUGGUCACACGCUGUGUGCCUUGUGGCGGUUAUUUCUUCCCCACCUUUUCCGAAGAGACAUUCAAUUACUUAAUUUUUUCCAUGUCACGUCACGAUCUGAUUAGUUUGUUAAGCGUGGCGUGACUUUUUAUUGUUAUAUUAAUAAAUACGUCACAAUAGUGGCCAAUUUUAUCCAACCAUAUGAGUACAUUGUCUCUUCGUAAAACUAGUGCGACCCGGAGCUAAUUACCCCUCGACUACCUAAGUUCGCGAGAUUAGUAAAUCCGCAAUAUAUAACUUUCGGAAAGGUAUCGUGAUGUAAAAAAAAAGAUUUUGCUAAAGAUUACGUGAAUUUUCUUUAAAUAAGGGCUUUACCCUUUUGUGUUUAAGGUCCACAUUCAGGCCAGCAUAUGGGAAGACUGGGUUUCUAACCAAUUUGUUCCCCUUAGUACCAGUUGUGGCCCUGACAGGAACAGCAACAAGUGCCACUAAAUGUAGCAUAGUGGAAACAUUGGGUCUUUCAAAUCCAAAAAUUGUUGAAAGCAACCCAGACAGAGCAAACAUUUACUAUGCAUCGCACACUCGUCCUGACAGAGGUGAUGAGAAACUUGAUUCAAUUUUGGAACCCAUAGUUGCUGAGUUGAAAGCCUAUAAGGUAAAGAUGCCCCUUACGUUGAUUUAUGGAAGCCUUGAAACUAUUUCCGACUGCUUUCUGUAUUUUAGCACAAAGAUGGGUAAAGAUCAAUUUUAUCCGCCCAAUGCUGAACCCUUGGCCAAAAACAGAUUGUUUACCCAAUAUCAUGCCCAAUAUCCCGAAAGUGAACGCUCUAGGAUUGUGGAGGAAUUGGUACAGGGCACUUCAACCCAUCGUGUUCUUUUUGUAACCAUUGCUUUUGGACUAUGUAUUGACUGUAAUGACAUUCGAAGAGUUGUACACAUUGGAGUGCCAUACUCAAUGGAAGAUUAUUGUCAAGAAGUGGGCAGAGCUGGGAGAGAUGGUCUACCUACCAGGGCUGACAUAUAUUAUAACUCAUAUGACAUAUCCAGAUCACGAAAAAAUAUGACAGAUGUGGUGAGAAACUACGUUAAGUCAAAAGAAUGUAAAAGAAAAAUGAUUCUAAAUUAUUUUGAUCAUAAAGUUCCUUCCACCCAAGGACCAGCACAUAUGUGCUGUGAUUUUCACAGUGCUCAGUGUGCUUGUGAUGACUGCCUAUUGGCAAGAGCUGCAGAUGACAUGGACUGUGUAGAUACCAGGUACCCUGAUCAACCAUGUGAUUCUUCAAGAGAUCAGUCAGAUAAUUAA